AUGUUAAACGUUAUUAGGGGCCGUGGCCUUCCCCGAGAGGCCGGGAGAGCGGGGGCUUGCUCUGGGCUCACGGGCUGCGCCUCUCUGUCAGGUCCCGGGGCGGUGGGUGCCACCAGCCGCAGCCUCUGUGCCGGCGGGGUGCCAAGCCUUUCCUACCAAGAGCUCAAAGACUUGAAGAAGACCAACGUCCUCCACAUAGACGUGCGGGAGAGGUGGGAGAUCGACAGAUUUGGAAAAAUCCCAGCGUCCAUCAACAUACCGCUGGGUGAAUUAGUGGAAGCUCUGCAAAUGGACCCAAUGGAGUUCAAGGAGCAGUACAAUCAAAAGAUGCCAUCCAAGUCAGACCCUGUGGUUUUCUCCUGUUUGGCAGGAACAAGAAGUAAACAAGCACUCAGUUUUGCUACAUCCUUGGGUUUCAGCAGAGUUCAGCAAUAUGCUGGUGGCUUUGAGGACUGGAUAAAACAUGAACCUCCAGAGAAAAAAUGAAGAUGACUACCCCAAUUCUUGCCCCAUCAAGGCUUCAGCAUGGUCUGUAGGUUUUAGCAUUCAAACUACGCGCAUUCCACUUCCAGAAUACAGCCCACUCCUAUUUUCUUGUGUAAAUGGACAUUCACCUUCAAAUAGCCAUGCAUAUCAACUGCUUGGCUUAAAUUGUAUCUGUAGACUAUGACACGAACAGAGGACGUUAGGUUUUUUCGACCUUUACUUUGGGCUAUGUUUUUUGGUGGAAGUAUGUGAAGAGAACCUAAGUCCUUAUUAUGUUUACUAAGAUUUUUCUAUGAUGUAGUUUAUGACUGUUGAAACUAAUGAUGAUAGAACAAAU